GAGCUGGAGGCGCAUUCGCCGCUCACCUGUCCAGCUUCUGAACGUCUUGUCGCCGUUACAAGCUUCAAUAUGUCCAAACCAAGAGAUUACAGCAGCCAGACCUACUCCCCCGGCAGCACGGGACCGGCCAAAAGCUACCCGACCAACAAAAUCGAUUCCUCGGGCAAAUCCAGGGAGAAGGACGACAUGGUUGGACUCAAUGACAAGUUCGUCAAGUUGAUUGACAAGGUGAAAAACCUGGAGGACGAGAACAGGAAGCUGGACACGAAACUGAAGAUCCUCAAGGAGCAGGAGGACUACAAGGGCAAGAUCGACGAACUCGUGAAGCAGCUGGAGAACGAGCUGGAGCAGCAGAUUGAAAACUUGCUCCUCGACCAGGAAAAGCUGAAAGCUGAGCUGCUCAGGAACCAGGAGGAGGUGGAUGACACCAAGAGCAGGUACGAGGACGAGAUGCAAAAGAAAGCUGACGUGGAAAAUGAAUUUAUCGUCACCAAAAAGGAUGUGGAUGAAGGUCACUUAGAGGCGGUAAAUCUGGCUCUGGAGCUGGAGGACCUGAUGGGAAAGCUGGAUUUCCUCCGGGUCGGCUUUGAUGAGGAGCUCAAGGAGCUGGAGUCGCAGGUCCAGAACAGGACGGUGAUCUUACCUGACAGCAGCAAACGCUCUCUGGACAUGGACACGAUCAUCGAGAGCGUCAAGAAUCAGUACGCCGACAUGGCUGCCCGCACCCGGGAGGAAGCCGAGCAGUGGAACCAGAGGAAGAUAGAUGCCUUGGCCUUAAAUGCUGGACAACGUGAGCAGGAGGCGCGUGAUGUAAAGAGGGAGAUCUCAGACAUGCUUCGCCUCCUCCAGAGGCUCAAUGGGGACCUGGAUGCUUUCAUAAGGAAGGAAGAUUCUCUGAAGAAGGAGAUCAGCGACACCAGGACAGAAGGCGACAACAACCUGGAGAAGGCCCGGGUGGACAUCGCCCAGCUGGAGGAGGCUUUGAAGCGGGCCAAGCAGGACUUGGCCGGACAGAUCCGCGAACACCAAGAGCUGAUGAACCUGAAGCUGGCCUUGGACAUCGAGAUCCACACCUACCGCAAGCUGCUGGAGGGCGAGGAGGAGAGGAUGAAAGACCUCAUGCGUCACACAGACGUUCACCUGCCACUGCAGCAACACCUGCCAGAGAAGCCACGCGCCCCAGAACCCCCCGUUGUCCCAGCAACAACCAUUAUCCCGGCAGCGAGCCCCGCCUCCAAGAAACGCCUGCUGAUCCGGGUGGAAGUGGAGGCAGGCAGAGUCGUUUCCGAAAGCUCCCAUUACACUGAGGAUUGACCGGGACUGAGCACCACUCCUCCGUCUGCAGCAUUACAGUAUAACCGCAAAAUGUGAAUUUUAAAUCUUCAAGUUAAGUUAAAUUAAGUUAAACAGAUUAAACGUUUUGAGAAUCAUUAUGAAACUUACUUUUAAUGCAAUAAUUAAUCUCUUGUCUUUGUGUGCUUCUGGCAGAGUGAACAGUCCAACAAUAGCUUCUUGGCAGGUUGAACGUUUUUAGACAUUGUGUUUACGUUGAGCAGUGUUUUCCAAAAGGUUUUCUUAUCUUGUGGUUUUCCUGGUACGUCAGUGUAUUUCUCUGCUUUCUUGUUGCUCUUUCUCUCAAACACUUGUGAGCUAAAUGGGAAUAAGAUUUAGUCUUUGUGAAGCAGGAAACCACCCAGCUGACAGUGUAAAGGUUUCUUUGUGAAGUGAACGAUAAAUAAGGACCUUAUGAGAUCGAGCAGGUGGUUGAAGGAGUGUUUCUGUUCUGUUGGUCCACAUCUGGUUAAUGUCAGGAAGGAAAUACACAAAGAUAAAGUUUCCUAGAAUCACAAGAGGUCACAUUAAAGGGAAGCAAGCGUGGCUCUCGGGUAGCGACAGCGUGCUUAAAAUGACUUUUCUUAUACUUUCCUGUCUGUGUGUCUGUGGUGCUGCAUCUUUAUGAAACUGCCUGAACUUUGGAAUUGUUCUCUUUCUCUCACAUGUACCUGCAACUUCAUUUGUACCUCACACAUGUCAGAGCAGUCAUCGGGACAUCAGAAGACAUUACAGGGUUGUCAGGGUGACAAGUAUUUGCAGUGGAAUAAAGCUGAUAAAUAAAGCAA